CCACCAUGAAUAACCACAAACAAGAGCUAGAACGAUUUUGCGCUGACCAAGGAUGCAGCGAGGAAACCUUUCAGAAGGCCCUGAACUACCUGCAGUCUGCCCACGCAAAAAGGGCAGGGCAAAGAACGACAGGAAACUCUUUAGUCCCCGGCUGCGCGUAUCUUGCGUCUCAACGACUUCAAAACAACGAAAUUAGUAAGGACGCUGCCCGCAGAAAGUCAUGCCUUACACCGGCGAUUUUUGAGAAGGAAUGCGAAAACAUCCGAAAGCUGUUACCCGUAGAUAAUGCCUCCUCACGCCAGGGACGAAGGAUGCGAGGAUACGAGCAACUCAUUCAGAGAUACCGACCUUCGGUUUCACGUGCAACUUUCCAUCACUGGCUACACGAGGUGGAAAACAAGCUCUCUAGUUCUCGAAGUUUUGACUGGGAGUCGGUCGUGGCGAAGUGUGCAAUAUUCUUUUGGGUUUACGAGGUGGUCGAGGACAAGUCAUUGAACAAACAUGAAUUUGCAGACGAAAACCAGGUCGAUCGAGGCAAUCUAACAGCAAUAUGCUCGUAUUUGGAUCGUCAGUGCAAAAACCUAAGGGGUAGCAUUCUAGAGGGAACGCGGUCACCAUCUCCAACACCAAUACCUUCGCCGUUGGUAGUUGUUACACCUCGGACUUCACCUCGCAAGUCACCAUUGAAACGCCCGUUACGCGCAGUCUUAUCAAGGCCCUCUCCUAAGAAGCUCAGGAAAAGUGAGCCCGAACCUGAGCCUGAAUCUGAGACUCCAGUACCAUCCAACGACGUCGAAAUGCUUCCCCCUCUUCCGAAAACACCCUCGAAAAGGACAAGUCUAUUCGGAGAACAUAUCACACCUUCAUCAUCUCGCCAAAUGCUGGACAUCCCAGCUCAUACCACGAGAAACGCAUCCCCUACACGCCAGCCUAGGAGGGCGUUGGGUUCCCAAAGCAUCCUGCCCCCGAGUACGCCCGCAGAACUCUUCACGCCCUCCCGUCGGAAAUCGGCUCGCAUAGAGGCAGCAGUAUCACACUCCCCGUUGAGAGCUGCGAAAACCCCACGUAAGAUUCGUAGAGAGGACUUGAUGAGAGUUGACGUAGAUGGGACCUCCUCAGAAGAUGAGGAAGCUGAAAUUGAUCUUCCUCUAUCGAGGAGAUUUCGGCCUGUAUUCCGCGACCGCAAGCUAUGGUGUGGUGGUGAUCCACAAUUACGGACGGACUGGGAGAAAAUCAAAAAGUUGAGUCAGAGGAGAGUCGAACUCUAUGGGCCCAGUGUUGAGCAAGUCACUGGCGGACAGUAGCCGGAGUCAUGUGUAGCCGCCAAGCUACUGGCGGACACGUUUUGUAGCUGCUGUCACUCGGCUAUCAUAUAUCAGGGCCUCCUCUCGUAUUUACUGCAUCUACAUGUAACUACAGUCUCUAUUGGAAUAUAGCGUCCUCUGUAUCUGGG